UUUGUCAGGCACAAAUCCAUCGAAAUCUUGAAACAGGGCCGCAUUCCCAAACAUGUGGGCUUCAUCAUGGAUGGCAACCGGAGAUACGCAAAGGAAAAAGGCCUCUUUACCAAAGAGGGCCACAAAGCAGGUGCAGAAGCCCUUAAAACAGCCUUGGAAUCAUGCUACGAAAUUGGCAUAAAGGAAAUUUCCAUUUAUGCGUUUUCAAUCGAGAAUUUUAAGCGCCCUAAAAGCGAGAUCGAUGAUAUUCUUUCCUUGCUCAGGAAAUUUCUUGAGUCUGUCUACAAAACGGCCACAGUUAGUGAGCAUAAUAUACAAGUCCGCAUCAUUGGAAACAGAUCCUUGAUCGAACCCAGUCUCUUGGAAGACUUGGAGAAGCUUGAGAGCGAGACCAAAACGUCCAAAGUUUCUGCAUACCUAAAUGUGUGCUUUGCGUAUACCUCGCGCGAUGAAAUAACUCACUCGGUCAGGGAGGUUGUGGGAAAACACCAGUCGAAAGAUAUCACCAAGAACGAAAUAUGCGAGCGCUUACUCACGGAAAAUUUGUACACAAGAGACCCGAGUCAGCCUCUCGAUAUACUCCUAAGAACAAGCGGCCACACGAGACUCAGCGACUUUCUUUUGUGGCAAUGCACUUCCAACUGCAGUAUUGUUUUUCUGGACACUUUGUGGCCAGACUUCAGCUACUGGGAGCUCUACCUCAUUCUUUUGAAGUGGAGUUUCGAGCAAGCCGUGAUGCGCAAUAGGCAUCUUGACUGGGGUUUCAGCACAGUUCCUCAGUAUGUCAACCUAAAACUGCUCCCUGAUAGUCCUCCGUUUGCCAGCGUGGCAGAGAAA